CAUUACCGACGCUGCCGGAUCCGAGGAACGAGCUAGGCUGCCGCGGCACAGGUCAACUAGAAAUGCUUGCUUUGCGUGUAUAAACCACUCCCACUAAUAAUUCGACCUUCACUCGUUCACGUUCAAUACCCAAGUACUCACUGCAGGCGAAUUAUUCUGUCACAAUGACUCUCGCCUCUGUGUUCGCUACUGGAACGACUCAACAAGUUGGCGUUGGCCCGUACAAUUAUAUACCUACGGAAUGGAUCUGUAUCCUUUUCUUGGUGCUGUAUAGCAUUUCAACUGUCCUUCACUUGGGCCAGGCACUCAAGUAUAAACUAUGGUGGAUGCUUCCCACAGCGACCUUUGCGGGUGUCCUGGAAAUACUCGGAUGGAGUGCUAGGUUAUGGUCGAGCCGGAGCCCCAGGCUUUUGACGCCUUAUGAGAUGCAGCUCGUCGGCACUAUCAUAGCACCUACCCCGCUAGUCGCGGCCAACUUUAUCAUCCUUGGCAAGAUAAUACAUCAAGUCGGACCUCAGUUCAGCCGUCUAACCCCCAAAAUUUAUACCAUCCUGUUCUGCUCAUUCGAUGUCGUUUGCUUGAUCGUACAAGCUGUUGGAGGCGCAUCCGCUGCGCGCGCCGUUAGUCAGGAGUCAAGUGCUACGAUGGGCGCGAAUAUUAUGCUAGGAGGAAUCGCUGCCCAGCUUUUUGCCAUAGUGGUCUACGUCGCUUUGGCGGCCGAGUUUUUCUUGCGUUUGAAAUACAAUGCACCCUUCCGCUACGCUGACGAGUCCCGCAUUUCGGAGAAAGCUCAACAUUCUGUGAGCAAGAACUUGCGAGUUAUGAUCUGUGGCAUGGCAUUAUGCGUCCUCUGCAUCUUCAUUCGAUCUAUUUACCGUACUGUGGAGCUCGCCGGUGGGUGGUUCGGGCCAGUGAUUACGACUGAGCGCUACUUCGAUUGGCUGGACGGUGCCAUGGUCACUAUCGCUAUCUACACCCUCAACUUCAUUCACCCAGGUAUCUGGCUGAACAAGGGUGAUCCUACUGCCCAUGUUGCACAACAAGCCGCCGACGAAGAAGAAGCUGCGACUUGAGUUUUAGACUUUGAUUGCUUGCAUAAUGACAGAACGCUCCUGUUCAUUUAGGUGUCGUUGUCGG